AUGACCGAGUUCUUUCCUGAUGAACAAUUACUUUCUUUAUGUCGUAUUGAUACUCCUUGGAGAUGUAUAGAUAAACCUGAAUAUGCUUCUAUUCUUCAUUUUUGUCAUAAUCUUGAAAGUGGGGGACAUUUUGGUCCUCAAAGGACUGCGUAUAAAGUCCUUCAGUGUGGUAAUAUCUCAAAGAGGAAUGAAAUGCCACAACAUGGAAUUAUAGUUUGUGAAAUAUUUGAUGUAUGGGGCAUUGAUUUUAUGGGUCCCUUCCCCUCAUCCUUUGGUAAUCUUUACAUUGUUCUUGUUGUGGACUAUGUGUCUAAAUGGGUGGAGGCUAUUGCCACCAUAACUGAUGAUGCUAAGACUGUUGUUAAGUUUGUUAAGAGUUACAUUUUUAAUAGGUUAGGCAUGCCAAAGGCCAUAAGUAGUGAUAGGGGAACUCAUUUUUGCAAUAAAACUUUUGGUGCUUUCUUGAGAAAUUUCAUGUGA